UGUUUUUAGUACAAAUGAUGUCUUAAUUUGACUUGCUAAUACAUUUUACAAAACCGAUGCCAACAUUUCAGGCUCAAUUGAUAAUGGAGCGAGAUAUUUACUCGCUCCUCGAUCUGCCUUAACAUGAACAUUGGACAAGGUGCUCACGGCGUGGUAUGUAACUGGGCGAAUCUGCUGCCUUUUGAACUGUGCCUGUCCGAUGACUUCCGCGGUUCUUGCCCGGGUCAAUACUCGCUACCUUCCCAAACUGAUUUUUUUUUUCAAAAAACAAAAAAAAGUCUUCCCGAUGAUUUUGACUGUGGGCAGCGAAUAAGCGGGGUCAAAGUGCGGACGAUUGAAGUAGAAGGAGGAAGCGUUUGAAACAAUACUCGGUUGAAUAUGUAGCUCUUGAUCCCGGCGCUCCUGUCUUCUUAUCUUUUUAAAUGCAAAUCUUCGGCUGCACAAAUUAGUUGACGUCACCUGCCUUUCGUUCGCCUUUACUAAUAGAAGCUUGUAAACACUCGUUAAUCAUGUGAGACGCGAGCGAAUCGCCCUGAUCGCCUUUGGAAACGCACUAGCAAACCAGGGAAAAGAAAAUCUUGAAACGACAGUAAUCUGGAUUUCUCCGGAACAGCAUGCCGAUUGCGCCCCGCCGCCAACAUGUACGUGAGCUAUCUACUGGAUAAAGACAUCAGCAUGUACCCAGGCUCCGUCCGGCAUUCUGGCAUUAAUUUGGGCACUCAGAACUUCGUCAACACGCCACAAUACACGGAUUAUGCUGGCUAUCAUGUACCCGGCGUAAACCUGGACAAUCACACUCAGUCUUCAGGAUCCUGGCCUUCUCCUUACGGGCCACCCCGGGACGACUGGAGUGCGUACGCGGCGCCCACUAGCACUGUCCACGGCAUCAACACCUCGCCGGGAUCUCUUUCUUACAACCCAGCAGAAUAUAAUUCCGUCCAGAACCCGACAUCUGGCGUGAUACAGCCUCUAAACAAUAAUCUAUUGGAACAGCAUUCCCCCAAUGGCCAAAGGCGCAACCCUUACCAAUGGAUGAGGAAACCAAACCAGCAGCUGUCCGCUACAGAUAAAACAAGAACAAAGGACAAAUACCGAGUGGUUUACACAGAUCACCAGAGGCUGGAGUUGGAGAAAGAGUUUCACUACAGCCGCUACAUCACCAUUCGGCGGAAAGCUGAGCUGGCUGCAAAUCUGGGGCUUUCCGAGAGACAGGUCAAGAUCUGGUUUCAAAACAGAAGGGCCAAGGAGCGAAAGCUGACAAAGAAGAAGCUACAACAGCAAUCUCAGCAGGCGUCGGCUCAGUUGAGCCCGGUUCCACCCGGGCCAGCCGGUUCCCUGUCGGUGGGCAACGGCGGUGUGUUGGGGUCUGCCGGUAGCGCGGUUUUACCGGGCACUGUCUCCCAGUGAAUGCUGUUUCCACACACCCGAAGGGACAGAGGGAAAGCACGAACUGGCGCCUAUAUAAUAAGCAGGAGUACCAGACUCUUCAGUGUCCAAGAGUACAUUCUACAGCACUCCACGAUUCCACAAUGGCAACGCCUGGGGUUUAACAUUAAAAACAUUUUCUGCAAGACUUCGGCAAGUUUGUCCGUGAAACAACGCCGGAGAUUUGCCGCCGACCUAAUGACAAUGUGAACGAUUUUUUCUCCCCCGCUGUGUUUCAGGCUUUAUAUCAGUGAAAUAUUUUAAUAUAGUUGUCAAAAGUUAGAUUAUAUCCGAGUCUGUGAAACACGACAAGAUGCAUUUCGACAUUUCAAAUGUGAACUCCCUUUUCUCUCCGAAAUGCACCGGAAUUGUAUUGUACUUAUUGUAAUUGUUUUUCAUUUUUCCGUGUUCAUAAUUUCUACAUUUUCCCCUUUAGAGAUACUUUUAUAAAUCUUUUGGGUUAGUUGCGAGUGGACUAGUUUAUUAUAAUGUAGAGUUUGAAACCCGUGUUCUGAAUCGCACCAUUUGGGCGGCACAGUGGUGCAGCGGUGGAGCCAGAGAUCCAGGUUCGAUCCUGACCUCGGGUGCUUCGCUCUCCUUGUUACCGGAUGGGCCCUCUCCAGAUGCUCCGGUUUCCUCCCGCACUCCAAAGACCCUACCGGGUUGUAGGUUUAUUAACUUCGGUACAUUUGUAAAUCGUCCCUUGUGCUUAGGAUAAUGCAAGAGCACGGGGUGAUCGCUGGAUUCGAAGAUCAGGAGUCAUAGUUUAUCUCUAAAUUAAACUAAACUUGAUUUAUCUCACUGUGUCCGUAAGCCUAUAAUAUUUUUUUCGU